UUAAGAAGGGCGAGGGAUGGAUGAGGGUUUACACCGUAGGAAGCUAUAGCUGCCUCCGUUUUGCUUUGGCUUCACCAGUUGGCAGAAGAGUAUUAAAUUUCGCCAGAGCGCCUCCGCCGUCUUCCUCUUCUCACUACCCUACCUACGCCGCCGCAGUGCCGCCGUUAGAUACUCUUCUCCGACGACGCCAUUUCUCUCCAUCGCCAUCGACUUCUAUCCCAUCUGUGGUCUCUCAGCAGCAGCAAGAGAUGGCGGGAUUGGAGUGGCCGUCCAGCAAGGUCCGGGACACUUUCAUCAAGUUCUUCGAAAGCAAGGCUCACACCUGCGUCAAGUCAAGCCCCGUUGUUCCUGUCAAUGAUCCUACCCUCCUCUUCGCUAAUGCUGGUAUGAAUCAGUUUAAGCCCAUCUUCUUAGGAACAGUUGAUCCAAACACUGAAUUGAGCAAACUGAAGCGUGCUUGUGACACCCAGAAGUGCAUUAGAGCUGGUGGCAAGCACAAUGAUCUUGAUGAUGUUGGCAAGGACACUUAUCACCACACUUUCUUUGAGAUGCUUGGAAAUUGGUCCUUUGGUGAUUAUUUUAAAACAGAGGCAAUUCAGUGGGCCUGGGAACUUCUCACUGAGGUAUAUAAGCUACCUGCUAUUCGGAUUUAUGCUACUUAUUUUGGGGGUGAUGAGAAAAAUGGCCUUCCACCUGAUAAUGAAGCUAGAGAUAUUUGGCUCAAGUUCCUUCCACCUGAACGUGUUUUGCCCUUUGGUAGUAAAGACAAUUUCUGGGAGAUGGGAGACACUGGACCUUGCGGACCCUGCACUGAAGUUCAUUUUGAUAGAAUUGGGAAUCGUGAUGCUGGAUCAAUGGUUAAUAAUGAUGAUCCUACUGUCAUUGAGAUAUGGAACCUUGUGUUUAUUCAGUUCAACAGAGAAAGUGACGGUUCACUGAAACCUCUCCCUGCUAAACAUGUUGAUACUGGACUGGGUUUUGAAAGACUAACUUCAAUACUCCAGAACAAGAUGAGCAAUUAUGAUACAGAUGUUUUUCUGCCGAUAUUUGAUGCUAUACAAAAGAUAACUGGGGCUCGACCAUACACAGGGAAACUUGGUUCUGAUGAUGUUGAUCAAAUUGACAUGGCUUAUAGGGUUGUUGCAGAUCACAUUCGAACUCUUUCCUUUGCUAUUGCUGAUGGUUCUUGUCCAGGUAAUGAGGGUCGUGAGUAUGUCCUACGGCGCAUUCUUCGUCGAGCAGUGCGUUACGGUACUGAAGUCCUUAAAGCGCAACCGGGUUUUUUCAGCAGGCUGGUAAAGGUGGUAACUGAAGUGAUGGGGGAUGUUUUCCCAGAGCUAAAACAACGUGAAGCUCACAUAAUGGAUAUAAUUGCUGAUGAAGAAGCCAGCUUUGGCAGAACAUUGCUUCAUGGAAUUGAGAAAUUUAAGAAGGCUGCUCAAGAGGUUCAAGGGAAGCUAUUUAGUGGGCAGGAUGCAUUUGUAUUGUGGGAUACAUACGGUUUCCCCUUAGAUCUGACUCAGUUGAUGGCAGAAGAAAGAGGCUUAAUAGUUGAUAUUGAAGGCUUUAAUGCUUCUAUGAAUGUUGCCAGGGAAAGAUCAAGAAGUGCUCAGAAUAAGACUAGUGGUGGUGCUAUUGUCAUGGAUGCUGAUGCUACUGCAGCACUGCACAAGAAAGGGAUUGCAACAACAAAUGAUAUUUUUAAGUUCACUUGGUUUCAGGAUCAUGAGAGUGAGAUAAAAGCUAUUUACACAGGAAGUGAAUUCUUGGAACGUGCUUGUACUGGUGAUGAUGUUGCAAUAAUUCUUGGAAGUACAAGUUUUUACGCUGAGCAAGGUGGUCAGAUAUAUGAUACUGGAUCACUUGAAAGCUCUGCUGGCUCAUUUCAAGUUCACAAUGUUCAGAUAUUUGGUGGGUUUAUUCUUCAUAUAGGUUCAUUUAGUGGAGAGAAUCAGAAAUUCUCUAUUGGUGAUAAAGUAAUUUGUAAGGUUGAUUAUGACAGACGUUCACUCAUUGCACCAAACCAUACUUGUACACACAUGUUAAAUUUUGCUUUGAGGGAAAUACUUGGAGAUCAUGUUGACCAAAAAGGUUCCAUUGUUCUUCCUGAAAAAUUAAGAUUUGAUUUUUCACAUGGGAAGCCUGUGAAACCUGAAGAGCUCCAGAAAAUUGAAUACAUUGUCAAUGAGCAGAUUAAAGCUGAAAUGGAUGUGUCUUCCCAGGAGGCAACCUUGUCUGAUGCAAAGCGUGUAAAAGGUCUUCGUGCUGUUUUUGGUGAAGUGUAUCCAGAUCCAGUUAGGAUUGUUUCAAUUGGUAAGAAAGUGGGUGAUCUACUUGCUGACCCAGAAAAUGAAGAAUGGUUGUCAAUAUCUGCUGAGCUUUGUGGUGGGACUCAUAUUUCAAAUACACGUGAGGCCAAGGCAUUUGCUCUUGUUUCUGAGGAGGGAAUUGCAAAAGGUAUUCGCAGAAUUACUGCUGUCACAACAAACCGUGCUUUUGAGGCCAUUGAACUGGCAUCCUUCCUUGAGAAGAAAAUAAAAGAAGCAGCUAGUGUUGAAGAUAGCUUACUGGAAGAGAAAGUGACUACAUUAAAUGCUUCAGUGGAGAGGGCACAAAUUCCUGCUGCCAAGAAAGAUGAGCUCAAGCGUGAACUCUCAAAGCUUCAGACCCGAGUUAUACAAGCCAAAAAGAGGAUUGCUGCUGAGAAUUCACUUAACGCUGUUAAAGCUGCCUCAGAAAUGGCAGAAGCAGCUGUUUCAGGUGGAAAAGCGUACUGUAUCUUGCGUCUAGGUAUUGGUCUGGAUACAGCUGCAGUUCGUGAUGCAGUUGUUAAAGUCAUGGAGCAGAAGGGGAUUGCAGUUCUGAUUUUCAGCACAGAUGAAGCAGCAAACAAGGUUUUGGUCUGUGCUGGGGUACCUGAGAAAGGUGAUGUGUGCAAACAAUUAAGUGUAAAAGAGUGGCUGAAUGCUGCACUGAAGCCCUUAGGUGGUAAAGGUGGAGGAGGAAAAGGUGGCCUUGCUCAAGGACAGGCAUCGGACCUGAAACAUGUAGACGAGGCAAUGGAUUUGGCUGCAUCUUUUGCUUCUAUUAAAUUGAGUUGAAGAAACGCCUCACCUUUCCAGUCAGUAAAAGGUGCAAUAUUUGACAAAGUUGUGAGCAAUUCAAGUCGUCUUCAUUCUCUUUAAAACAACACUACUAUUUCAUAACUUCCAAUUCCUUCAGUGGUGGUUACAUGAUAUGUGAUAAACAAAAUUCAAAUGAAUUGAGGAUUUCAUAUUUAUACACCUUUGAUUGAUUGAUAGCCACAUUUGUUUUAAUUACUA